AUGAGAGCGCGCGGCGCUGCCGAGCCCGCCCCGCUCCGGACUGGUGCUCCCAGCGCAGCGCGGCUGCUUCGGGGCUGCGGCCCCUGCCCGGCGCUGGCCGUGGGGCGAGGGGCGGCAGCCGGGGCCGGACUGGUGGCACUGGUGGUGCUGGGAGCCCGCCCGGCUGCGGGCGCGGAGAUCUCGGGUGAGCGGGGGGGCGGGAGGCGAGCUGUGUCCUACACUCACAGGGGUGUUCCAGGGGAUGAGAUUGAAGAGUGUCACUUGUUGAACGGCACGGAGAAGGUGAGGUUCGUGGAGAGGUUCAUCUACAACCGGGAGCAGUUCCUGAUAUUGGACAGCGACGUCGGGGUGUACGUGGGGUUCAUCGCCUAUGGGGAGAUGAAUGCCAAGCGCUCUAACAGGCACCCGGUUCACAUGGAGUACUACCGGGCUUUGGUGGACACGCAGUGCUGGCGAAACUACGAGCUUUAUGCCCCGUUCACAACGGUGGAGCGCCGAGGGGAGCGCGGGGCAGAGCGCGUCCCCUCGGGCCCUGCCCUGCCAAUGACCCUGGAGCUCCUGAAAUUCCCAGUAUCCCUCGAGUCUGGGAAUCGCCCCAGAGGCCGCAGCCCUCCUUGUGUCCAUCACCGCGACAUCCUCUCCCACCCAGUGACCCCCCCGUGGCUCCUCCAGCCCAUCCCAGUCCAUCCCGGUCACUCCCAGUGCUCCGCGGCGCGUGCAUCUCGGUCGAGCGUGGAGAUAACGCCUCUCAGCCAAUCACAGCUCGUCCCUCCGAUGACCCAUCUGUUGCUAGGAUGAUCCGCAGAUCCGAGUGCCCCGAGCUGGACUCGGCCUCGCAGCGCCGCGCACGUCAUUGCCAGUUCCAUCCCAGUCCAUUCCCAGAUCCCUCCCAGUGCCACCGCAGUCCCUCCAACUCCCUCCCAGUCUAUUCGCAGUCUAUUCCCAGUCCACUCUCCGACUUCCACGCUCUCUCCCAGUGCCGAGUGCCCCUCCCACCUUUCUCAGUGCCACUCCAGUCCCUCCCAGUUCAUUCCCAGACCAUCCCAGUCCUUCCCAGUUCCAACCAGCCCCUCCAAGUCAAUUACCAGUCUAUU